AAAGGGCAAUGAACCUUAAAAAUGUGAAUAGGAGAAAAUCUCAGUUUGUUUUAUUUUAUGGUAUUAUCAUAUGACAGUUGUUUUCUGAUCUUGAGACUUAUAUCCCACUGCCUGUGGGAGUCUCUUGGAAUUCCACAGUCAUCUUAGCCCAAAUCAGACACUGUAUCUUUCCUGUUUAAGAUCUUUCCAUGGAUUCCCAUCACCUACAAAAUAAAAUGGAAGCUCCUAGGCUUAAUUCAUAAGCCCCUUUGUGAUCUGGUCCCAACAUACCUUUUGACCUGUAAUGAUCAUUUCCUUCCCUUUGGAAUACUCAAUCACUAAUAAUUCUCUCUCACUUUACCUGUGCAUCGUUGGGCUUUGUCUCAUUACGUGAAACUCAGGUUCCAUUUUUUUGUCUGGAAAAUUACUCAAGACUCUGGUUGGGCAUCCCCUGCAGGGAAAAAAGCCUUCGCGAACCCCACCACUGUCCUAAAUAUCCUUCGUCUGCCCUCUCACAGUGCUCUAUGAGUUCUUUUUUUUUUUAACUUUUCAUUUUAUAUUUAAGUGAUCUGUUUAUCUGUGCAUUUCUCACAUUAACAAUCUAAGCUGGGAGAGGCUAGAUCAGAUCAUAGUUAUCUUUGUAUCCCUAGUGCUUAGGUCAACACUUAUUAUAGCAUAGAACAUUAUUUACUUAUUUAAAUGAAUUGACUUGACUUUCUUCUGGUUGGUUUUGUGCUGAGGCCCUGUCACUAAACUAGGUCCUUUAUCUCAGAAGUUGAAGGUUCCCCUAGAGCCAGCUGCAAAGUUCCCAAAGCUCUAAGCACACCACAGCCCAUGACCUGCAGAGUAGGCUGCCCCGAGUCCAUGUCCCAAAACACAAAGUCCAGGGGUUGGAUCAGGAGCAGAAGAAGAGGAAUGGAAGCGACACCAUCCAGAUGCCUGUUCCUAUUAUUUCUCUUCACGUGCAUGCUGUCCCCAGAUGUUGCUGCAGAAAUUCAAGAAUCCUCAGAUGAUUCCAGUGCCCCCCAGGAGCCUGUGCGGCUCACGGGUGUCCCAGCUGCCAUGGAAUUCAUUGCUGCUGCUGAGGUGGCUGUCAUAGGCUUCUUCCAGGAUUUAGAAAUUCCAACAGUACCUGUAUUCCGUGGUGUGGUGAAAAAAUUCCAAGACGUGUCAUUUGGAAUCAGCACUGAUUCUGAGGUUCUGGCUCACUACAACAUCACUGAGAACACCAUUUCUCUCUUUCGUCUGGUGGAUAAUGAACAUCUGAUUUUAGGGAGUGAAGACGUUGAAAGCAUUGAUGACACCAGAUUAAGCCGUUUCAUUGAGAUCAACAGUCUCCAUUUUGUGACAGAGUACAACCCUGUGACUGUGAUUGGUCUAUUUAAUAGCAUGGUUCAGAUUCAUCUUCUCCUGAUUAUGGACAAGGCCUCCCCAGAGUAUGAAGAAAGCAUGCACAGAUACCACAAGGCUGCUAAGCUCUUCCAGGGGAAGAUACUUUUUAUUCUGGUGGACAGUGGUGUGAAGGAAAAUGGGAAGGUGAUAUCCUUUUUCAAACUAAAUAAGUCUGAACUGCCAGCUUUGGCAAUUUACCGGACUCUAGAUGAGGAGUGGGAUACAUUGAACGUGGCAGAAGUUUCAGUAGAGCUCGUGCAAAACUUUUGUGAUGGAUUCUUAAAAGGGAAAAGGCUGAGUGAAAGUCAUGACACAGAAGAAAAGACUCAAAAGGUGGAACUCUGAUUUCUCCCCAAUACUUCUGCAUACCACCAAGCAUCUGCUUCAUGCUGAAUGAAGAGGGGCAACUCAAACCUCAGGGACACUAAACAACAAAAUCACUACCACCACACACACACACACACACACACACACACACACACACACACACACACAGCUCCAUUUUGUUCCUCAAAACCUCAUUUAUUCUCCAUGUCCUUUCUUUUAAUUUGCCUAUAUUCUCUCUCACUACCCAUACAAUUUUCUCUUAUGCAUUCAUAUCAUGUAGGCCCAGACGCUGUAGUACCACUAUAACACCACUGGGUGGAGGCCGUAAGAGAAAUGCAUACUAUGGUACCGGCAUGAAGAGACAUGGCUCAAAGGAAAUUGUCCUGAUUUGUCAUUUAAUAUUGAAUUUGGACAUUGCACAUGACCUACGCACAGCAUAGUUUCUUCUCUAUAAGGGUUACUUAAGGGUUGAAACUCUACUUUCCUCAUAAGUUCCUGUCCCCUUCUCUAACACUGGGCCCAAGAACAAAAGGGUUUUACACACCUUUGAGGAACUGUCUUUUUGCCAGAAGUCAAAUGAUGUUCCCCAGGUUCUGAACUCAGCAGAAAUAGACCAUGUAAAACUCUUUGCUUGUUUUGUGUUCCCACUUCCCCAUGUAAAUCAACAACUGCAUAAUAAAUAAAAGGCAAUAAUGUUAUUGGAAAA